AUGGACUCGCGGACUUUGUCAAUCAGUGAUAUCCCGCUCUGUGGUUUGAGCUGCCUGUUCCUCACUGUGCCACCCACUGGCUGCGCUCUCGACGAUUAUGACUGCCAAUGCCAGAAUGCCCAACUCGCCCACACCCUUUCGACCUGCAUGCUGGCCAAUUGCACCAUGGCCGACACCCUAAAUACGGCGAAAGUGCAACAGGACAUCUGCCACCUCUCCAAUGAGUCAAAGCAAAACGAUGUCUACGUCUAUACAAUCGCUUGCUACGCCAUCGCCGUAAGCUUUGUGCUUCUGCGGGUUAUCGGUAGAGUAGUGACUCGAAGAUUUGCUCUUGACGACUACAUUGUGGUUACAGCACUGCUUUUCACCACAGUUCCUUUGGGAAUAGUGCUCAAAAUGGCCGGGGUAGGCUUUGGCGAACAUCUCUGGAAUCUCCAGGAAGGACAACUACUCCAGAACCUUCGAUUCUUCUACGUGGCAUGGGUAACCUACACGUUUGUACUUGGACUCACCAAGAUAUCCUUGGCAUUGUUGUACAGAGAGGUUUUCCCAUUGCCAGGCGCGCAACGGGGAUCAUUGGUGCUCUUGGUUUGGAUCGCCAUCAACACUUUAAUUCUGAUCUUCCUCACAAUCUUCAACUGUAACCCUGUAAACGCAUUCUGGGACCGCGAUAUCAAGACCGCCAAGUGUACGGACAUCAAUGCCAUAGCAUACGCGAACAGUGCAUCAGCGAUUGCCCAGGAUGUUGCUCUGCUGAUUUUCCCUCUGGCAUGCAUUCGGACGCUGAAUAUGACGAGGUGGCGCAAGAUAAUGGUGGGCAUCAUGUUCGCUAUUGGAACACUAGGGUGCAUAGCCACGAUAGUCCGUCUACACACGAUCCUGACCUUUAAGGCCACAAUCGACCCCACUUGGGACUACGUUCCCAUCACCAUAUGGACUGAAAUCGAGCUUGCAUGUUGUUUCGCCUGCCUCUCCUUGCCCGCAAUCCGCAUGUUGCUGGGACGCAUCCUGCCG